AUGGAGACUAGUUCGUCAACCAGUACCAGAUCUUUAACCCGAACAUCUGGCCCGCCUUUUCCGGGAGACUUUAUCAACAACACUGCGCAGCCAGACCAGAACCUCAGGACUCCAGUGCAGUUUGACCAUACUGAUUUGCUUGUCGAGCUUGAUAACAGACCUGGAGAUUCUAAAGGGAUCACCCACAAUACGGUCAUACCUGGAUCGUUGGCUUUAACACCCGAGAGUGUUGCAUCACAACUCAACAGCCAGAACUCAAACUUGACCUUUGCUACCGAAGUGACCGAUAUAGGAAUAUCCGGUGUCGAUGAAGGAGGCCUGAUAGGAGGACCAAGGUCAGCUGUUUACAAAGCCCAUCCCAAUAUCCCGACAGCGUUGGAGGAACUACCUUUUGGCUCCUCUAGUGACUUUUGGAACGCCUUCGAUCCAGAAGGUAUGAGUCCGGCUGAAUUUGAACGACACAUGGAAGACAUAGCCCGCGAGAUCCAAAGACGGGCGCCACCACCGCCCCUGGAUCUAAACUCUGGCCAGGGAGGCUACUCCGCCAGGCUGACCUUUGCGAAUGGAUAUACAUCCCGAGAGAUCGUUGUUUACAACGGCGGCCUCAAGUACAAUUUCGUUUCCCAGUCGUAUCUUAAUAAGCUUCGGACGGCUUCCGGACAACCACCUUGCUUUAUUCCAGGCCCACCUACCUAUGAAGAAGUCCUUACUCCCGACGGAACAUCAGCUCCCAUUCGGUACCUCGUCUUUGCCGACCUUCAAUGGGAAUCUCCCAAUCUUCCAUUCCCGUCUGGUCCACAGUGCUUCGUCCCCUAUAGGGGAAAUGGAGGUAUACAUGACGCGAGGCUGGUUCUGGGCCGAAGUUGGUUUAACGGCAUCGAGGAACAAGCACUCAACCGGAUUUGA